UUUUGGACGUGUCCUGCCAUCGUGUACACUGGAACUCUGCUUCGAAGCUCACAACGAUGCCAAUGACCGAAGAUGAGUACAAAUACAGUUUAUGUGAACUGGUCCAUCAGAAGCCCUUACUUUGGGAUCCACAAAACACAGACUACAAAAAUAAAGAUCAGAGGGCACAAGUCUGGAAGGAGAUAGACAAAAUGUUGCUGCCUUUCAAAAAAGGUGUUUGCGCAAAAGACGUCUGGGAAAAGCUCAAUAAAGCCUACAACAGCGCAAACAACCGCCGCAAGACCAGAGUAUCUGGCAUUGGAACAUGUGACAUUUCGAGGUGGAAGUUUGGAAAGGCAAUGGACUUCGUGUCCAAGGUGAAAACAAAGCGAAUUACCACAUGCAAUGUUGAUAGUGGUGAGAUCUAUGAUGAUCAGCUUUCGACAGAUAGCGACGAAGGAUCAAUUCUCAAAGAAGCAGUGAAGGAAGCUGGGAUAUUCAACCAGCAAGAGAGCGACAAUGGUGGUGAUGAUUUUGCCAUUAGCGAAUCGACCCAGAAGAAGCCAAAGGAAGUUAUAACAAGUUUACCGAAAUCAAAGUAUGCAGUCAAGAAUCAAAAGAGAAAGGCCUCUCAAGAAAAGGAUGAAUAUGACUAUGGUUUGGAAAAAGCUAUUCAAAAGAGAAUCGAGGAAAAUAAGGAAUCGGUGCGACUGAAAUUUUUUAAUUCAAUUAUGCCGAAAGUGGAUUCAAUGAAUGAUGAUACCUUUCUUGACUUUCAAAUAGAUGUGCUUAACCUACUGAAGAGUAAAUCAAUAGCCAGAGAUUCUGGACCAAAUAUUGAUACCACCUCUCAAUCAGCCGAGACAUGGCCAAUUAGUGGUGCACCAAGUGCUUCCCAGGGAUUACAACCGCUCCGUACAUCUGCGGCAGCAGGAAAUGCAUUCUCUUCUUCAUACCCCUCUCCCAUCUCGCAUCCAUAUUUCCAGUUACCAAAGUUUUCAUAAUAUAUUGAAAUAUUUGUAAUUGGAAAUUUGAUGGAAUGAAUAAAUCAAAUUUGUCAAAA